GCUCAAGCAGUGCCCCAACGAUGAAGCCGCGGAGUCUGCUUCAUCUGCUGCUGAUUCUGAUAAACAUUGUGCUGCACGUCGCUGCUUUUUCAUCAAUUCGCGCAGCGUCAAUCUUUAUUACGUCGUGGAACAAUCAAAUUCAUCAUUGCACUUUCUUCCUAGUAAACGUUCCAUGAGAAUAAAAAAAGCGUAGUAGAGCUAUCCUCAACAGGAAACUCGGCACGGAAUACAGUAGAAGGACCUACAAGUUGCGGUAGAAAAGUAAAAGGCGCACUGCGUACUAGUCGUACAUUUUGAAAACCUACAACCUUCUCAUUCCAACCAACAACCAUGAGUCAACAUCUUGUCCCUCCGUCCAUGCGCCCCAUGGAUCGAAGCGCCGUUUUCCACUAACAGAACCAGACGAAACUGACGUGCUCUCAGGUCCAGCACGACGAGAACCACCAGUAGGUCGUAAGCAAAACCGGUAGAUAAGUAGUAAGUACUUCUUGCCACGCGCCGAGACAGCGCCGUCAUCUGCAGCCGUCCGUGUGCAACUAGGUCUUUUUCAACACCGGCGGAAGAGCAAGAACAAAGCACACCGGCAGAAGUGCAUGCAACUACACUGUACACCCUAAGUAGCAGUAGAGCAUCACAACUUCAAAAAUCAUCACAAGAUGCAAGCCGUUCCGGGUGGUGCCGACUUCGCGCUCGGCCCGGGGCUGUUCGACAAGGUUAUGCAUUGCAAAAGUAACGCAAUACCAAUAUUAGUAUAAAUUGCAUUACAAAUUUUCGCAAGAAGAAAAGUAGAAUCUGUAAUGCUGUGUUACCUUUGGAGGAAGAUUUGUAAUGCAUAUUUGCAAUUAGUACGAGUACGAUACUUUUGCACAGGAUAAAUGUUACCGGCGAGCAAUUCAGCGCAGAGACUCUUGGUCUCUCCUUCUACAAUAACACGCCCGGCGGAGAAGUGUCUAUACCCCUGUUUGAGGGUUUGGCGAAGCAGAGUAUCAACUGCAAAUAUGUCUGGGUCUGGAAGAGUCGGGGCUUGUCAUGCACAUUUUACAUGACCCGUGAGGUCUGUGAUGCUGGUGCUGGCAUCACAGAUUUUUUGAGAGCUUCUUGAUGCUAAUUACACAUGACAAAUGCCCUCUCUGCGUGCCAAGAGCUGACUCCUCUUGCUGCUCAUGCAAUACAGACGUUUCUAGAAUCCGCAGACAGCAUUACAAGUUCCACUCUUCCAGACCCAGACAUUAUAUUUGCAAUCCAUACAGAGGCUCAAGGUCUUACACAUGUUCGAACGGGUGAGUAACGGGGAGAGACCGGUGGGGAAAGAUUUGGAGCAAGGUACAGAGGGCAUUUCUUGAGCAUAAAAAUUGCCACUUUUUGUCAUGCGCAGCUGCAACAGUGAGCAAAGUUGUGUUGCAUGGAUGAUUGAAAAAACAAAGUAAGUGGGAAGAACCCUGCUCUUUCACACGAUCAUGAAAAAAACCUCCAGUCGGCCGGAAGAAGUGCAUCGAGGAACUGAAGGCGAACCGUCUAUGGCUCGACUACCCUUCUUUUUCUGGCGAGCAGGAGAGGUUCGCAAGCGACAAGGAGAAUUUCAUUUUCAACGACACCGUUUCCCACUUCAUCCUCCGCCUAGCGUUUUGCAAAACCAGGGAUGCGAAGGAAUGGUUUGUCAAGCAAGAAGCCCGGCUCUUCGCGUUGAGACUACAAAAUCUCCGCGAACAAGCCAUAGCGGACUUUUACAUAUCAAAUGCAAAAAUGUCUGGGUCUGCAAACUUGCAAUGCUGAUUUGUGAGUAGUGAAUUCUCUGUCAUGCACUGCCAAACAUGAGAAAUAUUUGCGCGGCUUAGUGUUGCGCUUUUCGCAUGACAAACUGCGUUUUGCAUGACCAGCGGGAAGAUCUCUUCUUGGACGCGCAUUACAAUCUCUUCAGUCAUGCCAGACAAGCAUGACAAACCUUGCAUCCUUCCAGACUCAGACAUAUUUGCAAUGCAUAUUACAAACAAACGGGCAACGCGCACGUGAAAUUCUCGCCCGGCGGGCAGCAGCAGGCGGGUGGAAGCAGCAGUAGCUCUAGUAGUCCGCGAGCGCCGGUGCGAUUAAAGGAUCUGCAGGAAUGCACACCGGGAGCGAAGAUCUUCCAGCCGGGAGGACCACCAGGUUAUUUUUUUUUGCAAAUCUAGAACAAGUUUAAGUUUGUCGUUUCUUCAGAUCGCUGUACUUGUUACGUCAUCAAAAAAACACCACAAAUGAAUCAAAUGCAACACACUCAUUUUACAGGUCCGCCGCGCUACGAAACGGAGUUUUACGAAAUCCCGUGGACGGAAAUAACCCCCUACCAUCUAGCGAAAAGACGGGUGAUAGUGAAGAAGGGCAUAGCCUACGUGCCAAACUCUAUGCUCACGACCUUGGUGAUAGACAAGUUUCGGAACAAACUACGGGAGGACUUGAGUCAAGCCUUCGAAGGAUUAGACUACGCCAUGCAGGAAAAGAGAAUAGCGCCGUUUUUGAGGGUAUAAUAUACAACAUUGCAGCUUCUCACGCAGGACAUGCUUGUGGCGAAUGGUUUGUCAUGCGGGAACCGCAUCACUUUUUCAUUUCUAAUUCGUAGAUAUUCAUUUUCAUUCAGAAAUUGUUCACAAAAAAUUUUAUCACAGACCCUUCAAGAAAACGGGCAGACGUUGUUCUUUGCGAAACCGACCAUGAACCAACUGGGUCCCAGCGAAUCUUUGUCCCUGGCAAACUUCGAGAUCAUGUUGAAGCGAAGCCUCCCACCCUGCAUGAGAUGGGCCGUGCAGGCACAGCGCGAUCAGAAGAAGAGGCUGAAGCACCAAGGGAAGCUGCAGUUGAGGUAUGAUAAGAAAGUUUGCCAUGAGCAUCGGACAUCAACACUGUUUUGUCUUAGUCUUGUCAUGCACGGAGGACACGAUCACGAAUACAAAAUCAAUGAAGUAGCUGCAUUGUGGCCUUCAUUCAGCUUCACCGCUGUCAAAAUCUGCAGGCCAUUUCUCCGCGAAGCGGGCUUCGACCUGAAACAGUCCCUCACCUGGUGGCGACAGGAAGUGACCCGCGAUCCGGAAGUCGAUGAGAACAAAUUUGAGAAAAAUUUCGCCUACGACAUCGAACACGCCUACGGGAAAAAGGGACACAUGAAGGGACAAAACGCGUUUGGCUGUGCCAGCAUCAUCGGUUUCCCCUUGGCAACCGCGGGGCAGGUGCACGGGUGUCCGUUCAAAAGUAUGGACAAGGACAUGUUGGGGAAGGUAUAGUUGUAUAGCACUCCUGGCUUCAUGCAUGACAGAAUGACUUUUUCGUCUAACAGUUCGCAUGACAGACUACUGAUCGCACUUCUAAUGUUCAAAUUAUUAUUCCAUCAGGUUUUGCUCCACUGGGACGUUCCGGCCGGCGAUAUCGAGGACAUAACGAAGAAAUCCACCGAAAAGCACUACCAGCUUGCGUGUAAGCAGUUCUUCUGCAAGACGCACAAGGGCCAUUCCGGCGAGGGAAUUGGGAAUCACCCGAACCAAUUUUUCAACGAGAGUGUCAACUACUACACCGGGGGGACCGGCUAUGGAAGUGUCAGGAUUGAAAUCGUCAAAGUUGAAAUAAUUUGCCAUGCAUAAAAUGCAGCCCGCAGCGUGCCUGUCUUGCAGAGUACGUAGGCAAGUGAGGAAGAUUGUAAGCCUGUUGAGGGGUAGAAACUGAGCAGCUAAAGUAGCAUGACAAAAGACGUCUUGCUUACCCAAACAGCAUGACAAACUGGAUUUCGGUUCUACCUAAAUUUGUCAUGCGCCACUUGGAACUGGGUUACAACUUUCGCCCAUUUUAUGCAUUACAAGUUAUUAUUUCUUCAACUUUGUCGAUUUCAAUCCUGACACAGCCAUACCGCCGGCCGAAGUAGCAGUAGCGCGAGCGCCAGUGCGAACGCGAAUGGAGGUGGGGUGCAACCGAUGGAGAUUGUUAGCUAGCAUGAGGUCGUUGUGCUGCACAAGGACGUCGUACUGGGUGGUUGUAGUCGUCGUGACGACUUCCACCGCAUGAUUUAACUUGUAGAUAAAAAUUUUUCUUCGGCCGAGCUUGUUUUCCAAAGUAGGUCUUGACCGUUUCUCUUCUUUCAGGUAGAUUUAAGCAAAACGAAACUGUCGAAAGGGACAGAUAUGUAACCCCGCAGUAUGUUUCCCUCAGAGUUAGAUUAUACGCGCAAACUUUUUU